AUGCUGCUAAAAGACUGCAAGACCUACUUUCACACUGACAACCUCUACGAAAUCCUUCGUGUUGAACGAACUGCAACAGUAUCCGAAAUUAAGAAAGGUUACUACAAACAGUCGGUGAAAUGGCAUCCCGACAAGGCAGGCACAGAUGACGCCUCAACGAAGAAUGCUACAGUGAAAUUUCAAAUAAUAACCAAAGCUUACCAAGUUCUGGCUGACAAAGAAAAACGGGUUCUCUAUGAUGAAUCAGGUAUAAUCGAUGAGGAGAACGUCUUGAGUGAAGAAGAAAGCGUCAACAUGUGGCGACAAGUGUUUAAGAAGGUCACCUUGGAAGAUAUCGAAAAAUUCAUAGCACAGUACAAAGGGUCUGAGGAGGAGGAAGAGGAUGUCAUAGCUGCGUACAAUCUUUGUGAUGGAGAUAUGAAGAAGAUUAUGGACUCGAUCAUGGGUACUACUUAUGAGGACGAACCAAGGAUCAAGGAAAUUAUUAACAAGAAAAUCAACGAAGGAAUUCUCAAGGAGACAGCAAAAUACAGAUCUACUACGUCUCAGACAGCUACAAAUCGACGUCGUCGAAAAGCAGAGAAAGAGGCUGAAGAAGCUGAAGAGGAGAAGAAGAAACUUAAUAUCGGUGACAAAAGUCUUCAAGCCCUCAUCCUUAGUCGACAAGCAGAUCGUUCGUCGAACAUGGAUGCUUUCUACGAUUCACUGGCUGCCAAAUAUGGAGGCAAGGAAAAACGUGCCAAAAAGUAG